AUGAAUGCAUUGAGUCAACGAAUUCGAGCACAUGUUAUGGCUUUUGAAUACCCUUCUUAUGGUCUAUGUAAGGGACCAAUAGAACCUACUGAAGAAACGAUCAAUAAUCAUGCCGAACGUGCGUAUUCGUUUGCACGCGAUACACUUCAAUGGCCAUCCGAUCGAAUUCUCGUCUACGGACAUUCAAUGGGAAGUGGUCCCGCAUGUCAUGUUGCUGCUACAAAAGCAGUCGGUGGACUCAUUCUAAAAUCACCUUAUAAAUCUUUAAGAAAUGUGAUUCAAGAAAAAAUCUGGAUAUUUUCAAAACUUUUCAGUUGUCCAAAUUGGAAUAACCAGGAAGCCAUGAAACAUAUUCAAUGUCCGACACUUUUUAUACAUGGGUAA